UAAAAAAAUAUUUUUUAUUCUUUUGUCCGUAAUUCAUGGAGGAAGAAGAAGAAGUAAGAACUUUAGGUCCAAAGUAAAUAAGGACAUACAUAUCAUCAAUUGAGUGUCAAAAUUUCAAAAUGUUCUUUUGAAUGGGGUAGACAGAGAAAGCUUCAUCCCUCUCUAAAAUCAUUAUACUUUCCUUUACCAAAACUUUCCUUAUUCCACCGUCUUUCCUCUUUCAGUCUUUCUUUUUCUACUACCCUCCAAACUAACCUAUGGAAUGCACCGCCACUGAUGAUACACCUGAUGAUCUCGAGGAGGAUCUGAUUAAACUACUUGUGGAAGAGAAGAAUAGAAUCUACGAACCCUAGGAAUUCUCUGUAAUUCUCGAAGUUCUUGGUGGGACUAUCACUCACCAAUUCCUAAAAUCAAAUUUGGAAACCUUAUGGAAAUUAAACGAACCACUCUGCCUAAUCGAUCUAGGGCAUGGGUUCUUCACCGCUAAAUUCAAAAGUCGGGAUAGCCAAGAUACAGUACUAUAGAAGGGGCCAUGGUUCGUUGUAGGAAGCUUUGUCUAUGUAAGGCGGUGGUAACCAAACUUCGUCCCCAGCACUUCUAAAAUAGAUUCAAUAGCAAUCUGGGUAUGCUUAUCCCAAUUACCUAUAGAAUUCUACGAUCUAGGGAUCUUAAAAGGAUAGGAAGGAAAAUUAGAAAGCUGCUAAAAGUUGAUGCAUGCACCUCUGUAUCUGUUCGAGGUCGAUAUGCUCGAAUUUGUGUCCAUAUUGACUUAGGUAAACCAGUUAAAACCUCAAUCACUGUGGGAAAUCACAAGAAGAUCCUUCUCUACGAAGGAGAAAAGAUUUUAUGUAAACUUUGUGGUUGUCUGGGGCACACAGCUCAAUCUUGCCCGGAGAAACUUCAAGGUCAACUUUCAAAAUAUUCCUCGACAUAGCCUACCACCACGAUGGCUGAGGAAUCAUAUCAUGAAUAGAAGGCUAUCACAUUCCCUCAAAAGAAAAACCACAGAUGUCUGGUAACCCCUAACAGAGGUAAAAAUGAGAUAGUCGCGGCACCAGGUAAGUUCCCUAACACUUUUCCCACCUCUAGGGCUUCUCAGUCCAUGGCUAGCGGUAUGUUUUCCCUUUUAGGGCAGUAGUAAAUGAAUGGGCCAUUUCGGGUCAACCAAGGUAUUGGUCCCCAAAAGGUUUCCUAGAUCCAGCCCACCUCCCAUUUGUAUGUUAAAACCCCCGCAAUUCCCCUUAAUAAUAAUAAAGGGCCUCUCCUUAGUACUGCAAGUCUUACUAACAAUAUUGAGCCCAACUUUUCUAAUAUGGGUGUCAACCUUUGGCCCAGUCUCUCAUUAGGCCCAGAUAUAACACCCGACCCAAGAUCCAAUUCCCCUCCUCCAAAUACUUUUAACCCCUCUAUUAAUUUACACAGUUUUUCUUCUAACAUAUGCUCAGAAAUAAAUAAAAAAAGAUCUCUCAGCAGGGCCCACUCAUCUCAUAUAAUGAUUGAACCCCUGCAACUUCGAAUUUACCCCCAUACGCCGGCGAAAAUGCUUUCCACUUCCCAGGGGGUUUUGGUGGACAAUAGCUCAAAUGCACACAAAGCAUUUAAUGCUACUGCAUUGUCCAAAGUUGAGUCCAUCCACAUUUCCCCUCAGCUUACUGUUAUUAACUCUCAAUUGCAUACCAUGCAAGAAAACUCCUCACACCAAAAUAAACUUUUCUCCCUCUCCAAACAUGAUCACUAUGAUCACAACCCCUCUCUCUCCAAUUUACACUCCAACUUCAUGGUUGGAGGUUUGUCUCUCCACCCAAUUUGCCUCUCUACACCUUUAAUGGGAAGGGAGACAGAUGAAAAUUCUCAUCCAAGAUCCGAACUACUUAGCUCUAUUAGCAAUGGAAUGCCUCAAUUAGGGCCUACAACAGUUUGGUCCAAAUGCUUGGAUAGAAACACUAAUGCAUAUUUUCAAUUUGGAGUUCCAGGGGGAACUAAAUCCUACGACUAUAACAAAAAUGAUGAACCUAACCAUCUCAAGUAUCCCUUUUUUUCCACCCCACAACCUACUUCUCCUAACAAUGGGACCUCAUUUUGUAAGACUCAAGGGGGAAAACCUCUCCCCUCUAAACCAAACCCUUUGAGUCUAACACUCUCAUACACCCCUCAGAAUAUCAAAGUCCUCAAAAGAGAAAAGACCUUAGAAGCACUGAGGGUGAGAAACAGGGAGAUGGAAUCACUCCUUCUUUAGUUAAGGAUCCCCAGAACAGAUGUUCUCACUUUGGAAAGGCUUUUAAAUCUAGUCUUCGAGGGUCUAACUCAAGAGAUAGUCAUUGUCCUCUUCCACAGGACAUUUCAAGACUAGAACUAAGUUUAGGUUUGCCAAACCUUACGAUAAGGAAUCCUUAAAAAAAAUCUCCCAACUCUCUAGAAAGAGGAAAAAUAGGGACCAACCCAGUUCCUUGGAUCCCUCAGGGAAAAGAAAAGCUAUAGUUCAGGAGAAUACCCAACAACCAAAGAAAAUGAAGCAGAAUUGCCUGAUAUGGAAUGCUAGAGGGGACAACAAUACUGAGUUUAUGAGGCAUUACAAGUCUUUAGUUGAUACCCACCAACCCUCAAUCUUUGCCCUUUUAAAGACUAGAAUGGUCGACCUUAAGGGUCUAGUUGAUGAGUUAGGAUUUCCUUGCCUCAUACAGUCUUCUGCUACUGGUGCUUCUGGAGGCAUUGUUAUCUACUGGAAGGAUGAAAUCAUUGCCAUCAAAGAAAUCUUAAUUUUUUCCCAGGCUAUCAAUAUUACAAUUAAGGUUGAUGCUAAGAAAACUAGGCGCACCCCUCCAACAUUGUUAUAGAGAAUAAAAUCAGGUCGUGGACGCGCUAGCAAAGGAAGGCUCAAAUCAUGAGUUUCUAGAGAAUUGUAAAGUUUUUGUCACCCCAUCCCCCCAGUAGCCCUUACAGUAUGGGACCAUCAGAAAGAAAGGAAUCAUUGUAGGACAAUAUCAAAUUCGUAGACGUUUGGGCUACGCCCAUCUUUUUGUGUAUUAGAGACAGACUGAACUCCAACUUUUUAUUUAUAUAUAUGAAUAUAACUACUCCUUCUUACCAAAAGAAAAAAAUUGAGUGUCACAUACAAUUCCUACGAAUUAUAAUUAGAAACAUAAUCUUUGAUUUUUAUGACAUAUAAUAAUUGAUUAUCAUCAUCUAAUCCACUUCAUUCCUUGGCAACAUCAAAUGAUUCUUUUCUUUUUUUGAUAAAAAUUUCAGCUAAAAGGAAAAAACACAUAAAAUAUGAGAACCAAUUGCUAAUUUUUAGUCUAUUCAAAUUACAUAAUUAUAACAAUUGACAUAAACAAAUCAUCCUAUCAUUAUUAACUAAAAGAAAAACAAAAAUAGACCACGUCGAAUGAAAAAGGGAGAAAAAUAAGUUGAAUCAGAUCCAAAUAAAAAAGAAAAAAAUGUGCAUAUUAUAUUAUUGAAAUCUAAAUUUGUGUUCACAAAAAAGUCACUUAAAUAGAAUUAUAUAAGGUAGUAUUUAACUGAUUUAGAAGUGCAUUAAAUAUUAAGAGUUUGCUUCAUUUAAAUAAGUAAAUAAUUAUAUAGGAUAGUAUUUUAAUUGAUUUAAAAGUAUAAAAUAAUAACACUUUUACAUAUUUAAAAAAAAAAGGAAAGAUUACAUAUAGUUAAAAAAAACGCUUUGACUUUUUUGAAAAAAAUAUUUUUGCUUCUUUUGCCGAUCACAAUGUCCAUAAACAUAAUUUUUGAUAAACUUCUUAAAGAGAAACUUGACCGACCUCAUACUGUUGCCCGGAAAUUAUUAAGUUCUAGUAGAAAUAGGACUUAUAAAUAGGAGUUUUCUCAUAUAUUUAGUAGUCUUUAUUUAUUUUUUCAUAUAUUUAUUAUAGUUAUAUUUAAUAUUAUAAAUAUAAUAAUAGUAUAAUUGAAAGAAUUACUGAAAAGACGAAAAGUAUGACGGAGGGUAUAGACGUACCAUUUAUCAUAGUUCGGAUAUAUAUUUAUUGCUUUGUCAUUUAUUUUUUUCUAGCUUUUUCAUAUAUUUUUCAAUGCUCUUAAAUGAGACUAAUAGCAAUAAUUUUCUUAAUUUUUUUUAAAGCUUCUAAAGGAAGGGAAGCCUUAGAGUAACUGGUAAAAUUAUUAUCAUGUGUUGUCAUGUGACAGGAGGCAUAGGUUCAUACCAUGGAAAUAACCUUCAACAGAAAAUGCAAAGUAAUGUUGUGUACACUAGACCCUUAUGGUUCGACUCUUCCCCAGACUCCGCACGUAGCAAAAGCUUUAUUGUAACAAGAAGCCCUUUUCAAUUAAUCAUUGGU